GUGGAUGUGACAAGAGAACAUGGGCACAAAUACGGGGAAGGAUUUGCCGUGGAUCAUUCAUGGGAGUAUAAUGGGUAUAUCAAACACCAACUACAAUUCCAUUCUGCACAUCAACGAUGAUUUUCAAGAGGUCAAGGAUUUUCGCAAGAGUGUCAUAAUAUCAGGUGUACCUGCUGCAACUCAAGUUUCUCAAAUACCGGGAGAGCCGACAUAUUCACUCGAAGAGGACCUACUUAACCAUUCCAUUUAUAAGCCCAUCUCCGAGCUGAAGGAUUCAAUUGAGAAUGGGCUCUUUGUCACUAUUGGCACGGUUAUAUCCAUUGAUCCUAAGAAUGGGUGGUGGUACAAAAGUUGCAAGCAUUGCUUCCAUUCUUUACAAGAAGCCGAGAACUCAUACCACUGUGCUACGUGUGAGACAUACCCAUCGUCUCACACUCCAAGGUUUAGCAUAAACAUGCGAGUUGCUGAUGAGACCGAUACGGCUUCUUUCCUACUGUACGAUAAGGAGGCGUCCAAAUUCCUUGGUAUAUCCGCAUCUGAUCUCAGACUCGCACAACUAACCAGGGGUGGAGUUAACGAGGAAUAUCCAAUAGAGCUUAACUCACUGAUGGGAAAGAAAUUUCUGUUCAAAGUAUCUGUCAAAAUGGAAGAUCUUAAUGCAUUCCAACCAUGUAGGAUAAUUGUUACUAAGCUCUGUGCGGACAACUCUGUUAUCACAAAAUUUACUGCGAAGACUAGCUUUGACGAGCACAAUAUGGGUAUGGAGAACUCUGAACUGCUGAGCAUGAACACUGACUCUGCUGAGACCCCAAAGGGUACAACCUCUCCCUCUGUUGAGACUUUAUCCCAGGGAACAAAUGAUGGAUUCUCAACUCCAAAUGAUAAAAUUAUCACUGGUGGGUGGUCUAAGAAGCUGAUCGACGUGUACCCCGAUUCUGCCCGUGCAUCAUCAUCAUCCAAAUGCAGGAAAGUGACAGAGGGUGCCACUGCAACCAUUGUCGAGAUUCAUGAUGAGUAGUGUCAUUUCUAUGUAAUAAACUAAUCUAGGCCUUAGCGGUUGCACCGACGGACCAGAUUGUGUGUCUAAUAUAUAAUGAUUACCUAAGUUUUGUCGUUGGAUCUUCUGUAUCCAGCUUUGUGGUUUGCCUUAUGCUAUGUCAUU